UGUAACUGACUCAUGGUGGCAGCUACCUUGCAAUUUUGGCGCUUCCCUUUAAAUUCAUGCUUCGACCCUCUCUCGUCUCCGAUUUCUGACUCUGAUCUAAUGGCUGUGCAACUCACCGCAUCGGCGAUAACCACAAUUUGCUCGAACCAUUUCAGUUCGAUUGAGAAUCUGAAGCCGGUUUUGCAAGUAAUCCACGUGAAGCUUUUCCCGUCGCAGGACAGGUACUGCUUGGUGCUCUCCGAUGGCUCUCACUACCAGCAAUCUAUACUCGCCACCAAGAAGAACCACUUGCUCACUUCCGGCACCUUGCAGACUGGUUCCAUCAUCGUCCUCACUUUGUUCACCACCUCCGUUAUCCAGAACAGCACUGUUAUCAUCAUCGUUGAUCUACAUGUGAUACUUAAGAAAUGUAAUCUAAUUGGAACUCCUGUGUCAGCCAAUUUCGUUGAAUCUUAUGCAAAUCAAAACAUGGAUUUCUGCAAUCAUGAAUCUCAGGCUUCAAUAAGUCCCUUUCAAAAUUCUUAUGUUCAUCAACCUCAGCCCAUGCAUCAACAGCCAAUGAAAAUGCCCGAGGCAAAGGAAAAUUUCACACCAUCAGUUUGCUUGGAUAUUCAAGCUGUCUGGAAGCGGUGUGAAACCAUUGAAAAGGAAGUUCAAUCAUUAAAAGAUAGUUUGUCCCUCAUCAACAGGAAGGAUUCAGAACAAAGAAAGCAGAUAAAAGACCUUCGGAAGCAGAAUGCAGAGUUGGCAGGCGAGAAAGAGCGACUCCUACAAGCGAUUCAAGGAAUUUUGUCGGAAAAUCGAAGGAUCUAAUUUUCGGUAUUACUGCAUGUCAAACUCAGUAUAUCUGAAGUCUAUUGUUGGAGAAAAAUAGACAUAUUUGUAGCAUUUUUUGUUAUAUUACGGUAGAUGAUUUAGUCAUUAAAUUUUGGUAUGCA